ACACUUGUCAAAAACAUUCUAAGUGAGUGACUACAAUAAACUAUAUAUAUAAAUAACAUUAGGUAAUUUUGCAUGUAUUCGCGAAUAUUUAUCAAACAAUGUAAACUUUUUCAAAAGCCAAUUUAGCUGGUUUGGAAGUUUUUUUAUUGUUAAUCUCACUACGCAAAACUGUCCUCCCUUUAUCUGUACCAGCAAGUUACACCGUUUAAAACUCACGAGAUUCUAAUAGUUCAAAAUGAGAUUGUUCAAAUUUCAUAUUCGUUAACUUUUCAAGGCAAAAUAUGAAGAAAAAAAUUUUAAAAGUCUAAAACUUUCAUAAAGCCGAAAAGUAAGUAACCACUUAUUACACAUGGAACACCAUAAUCAGACACUAAGUCGGAACCUGUCGUUUCACAACUCGGUUUUUGCCGAGAACACUGCACGAGCUUUUAACUCUGCCCAAUCACGCUCGAGUUCCAACCCCAGCCAAACUACGAACGCUCACCAACACGACAUGUCAUUUAAUCGAAAUCCUUCUUGUAGCACUUUGUUCAAUAGCUAUAUUCCACACACUAACGAAGGCUUAGCGGUGUCUUCGGCUAAUUUGGACAGUGGGAUAAGUGUAACAGGGGGAUCGGGUAUUAGGCUUUCUGCUACUUCUGCUCGGUGGAGGCCAGGCAUUCGCAAGUGUUCAAACUGCGAUGAAGACUUUGAGUUUGGAAAUCCGAAGACUUUUGGGACUCCAGAGAUGAGCUGUUUUUGGUGCUUGGAAUGCGAUGGUUACAUCAUUGACUCUUGCAUAAUAGCUCAUCUGAUCAACAAGGUCACCAAAUUCCACACCUUCACUGAUAGUUCGAAUUGCGCCGUGCGACCCAAACUAUGUCAGAUGCAUCGGGAUUUCGUGGUCUCCUUCUGUGUCGACUGCAGUUGCGAUUGUUGCUCACAGUGUGUUGCGGGGAUGAGUCAUCGGGGUCACUUGUUACGGCCGAUCGAGGAGCACAAGAGCCAGUUAGUUCGGGUGGCUGAAGGCGUGAACAAUGUCCGACUCGAGAGGGAACGACAACUUCAGAUAAGAGCCGAUGAACUGGACAGUUUUAAAAACAGUUGUCUCGAGUUCCAAGAAGACGCCAAAGAAAAAGUCAUGGAAAGAUUUGACCAACUGCGAAACUGCCUUGACGAGCAAGAACGCCAGUUACUUUCUGACCUUGAAAACAUGACAUCAAGUUUCGAUCGAAUUGAAAUGCAAAUUCGAGAGUGCCAAAAUAGCUCACAAAAACUCAGACUUCAAGUUGACAGAAUCCACCACAGUCCAAAGUCUGUUACAGCUCACGAGCUGAUAGCUCAUAACUCGCAACUCGUGAGCUCGGAAACCGAAGUGCUCUCGGCUUUCGAGUACGAACUACCGAAGCUCAGCCUGAUGACGACAUGGACAAAUCCUGAUGCCAGUGAGGAUUUGAAAUCGUUCCAAGACUCGAUUCGCAGUGCGAGUUACAAGUUGUUUCCUCCAAGCAUUAAACCCGAGUUCCAGCUUGAUAUCCAAACCAUCAUCGAGGAACCCGAGGAGUCUUUGGGAGCUGAAGUCGUGCAGCCGAAUCAGGUCGCACAAACCGAACAUUUCCGAAAAUCGAAUCUAGCAUCGCUUGUUGUUCGCGACAUAGCGUACGACGAGGAACACCAGAGGCUGUUCGUGGCAUUCAAAAACGGGAAAUCGAUUCUCCAGUACUCACUUUUAGGGCAUCAUCAAGCUAAUAUUGAAGUGCAUUCAGUUCCCUGGAGACUUGAUUUCAAGAAUAACGUGUUGUACUUCUCUGUGCAGUCUUUGGAAGGUGUCUUCGGGCUGACAGUUGCAGGCGAGAACCCUCAGGUUGAGAAAGUGUGCCACCUUAAAACAUGUGCUUUCGCCCUCACUAACUUCCAGUCCUCAACUACCACUGCAUCCCCAUUGGCCAAUCAAUCGACCAAUCAGACGGCGCCUGGCGUCGUGAUUGUAAUAGCCAGAGUGUCCAAGCCGGAACUGUGUGUGUACGACUGCUCCACAGCUCAAAUCGUGAACAGAACUGCGCAUGGUUUGCAACAGGUCCACUACGUCGCUCAUGAACCAAACUCUGGUAUGGUUGCCAUUAGCAACGCCAAUGAUGCUGUUGUCCUCAUUUUCUCACCCCAGCUAUACCUGUUCAUCAAGCUAGACUCACAAACACACCGGCUCAAAUGGCCAAUUGGACUCUCAUUCAACUCCUCAAAUGCUUCUACACUCAAAUGUCCGACAGAUCAGGAAACCGAAAUGAGCAUAUACAUAUGCGAUUCAGACAACCACCAGAUUGUGUCCUACAAUAUUUCCACCAAUCAGAUAGUGAGAAAGUACGAGAACCUCCAAGGAGCGGCGUUUGCCAAACUCGUGACACCGAAAUUGUUACUUUCUGCUUCUGUGCUGAAUUUAAAAAUAAAGUUCAUUAAAACUGAAAAUUAAAAAUUAUGUUUGUGCCGUGAUAAAAAUAACCAAAAAUGCAAAACUAACUUAUGCUGAACUUGACAAAAAAAUCGAUUUGCAAUAAUCUAAUUAAUCAUACGGAUUUCAAUAAUUAAAGUGAUUAAUUGCA